AUUUUUGUUCUCCAUCCCUCAGCCGAGCAACAAAUCAGCAGACUUUCCAGUGCGACAGCCCGUCAUCUCAACCCUUCCUAAACUCAACCCCAAGUUUGUAACGACACACUCACACACAAACACCAAUCACAAUGGCUCUCGACCGUGUUGUGCAGUUCAUCCUCCGCGGUGCCCAGCUGGUGUUCGCCGCCAUCGUCGCCGGUAUUACCGGCGCCUACCUACACGCAUCUCACGCCUCGGACUGGGACAAUGGCCGCUUCAUCUACACCAUCGUGGUGGCCAGCUUGUCGCUGCUGUUCGCCCUGAUCUGGCUGUUCCCCUUCUCGGGCAGCUUCAUCCACUGGCCCACGGACAUCUUCCUCAGCAUCCUUUGGUUCGUUGCCUUUGGCCUGCUUGUUAACCUCAUCGGCGAUGGCUGCGGCCCCAUCUUCAAUUGGAGCAAUGUUAACCCCCGCGGUGAUGCGUGCGGUCGCAACAAGGCCAACAUCGCCUUCUGCUUCCUGUCCGCCAUCGUCUGGCUCGCGGCCGCCCUUGUCGGCCUCUUCUGGGUCCGUCGCCACACUGCCGUUGCCGACAACCGCCCUGUCCACCACGGCCGCCGUCGCUGGUACCGCUCUUCUCGCGUCUAA